AACGACUGACGUCACCACAUCCACAACAACAAGAAGCAGAGCAACAAGGAAGUGGUUGACGCGAAAGCAGCCGUAAUCUGUUCUAAAAAAGGCCGUGACUAGAGACGCAGAACUUCUUUCUUUCUUUAUCUUGAUAUUCCUCAGCCGUCGGAUCACUACACUACCAUGAACAACAAAGGUUCAUAUCCACAGCAGGCUGUGUACCCUCAGCAGAGCACUGCACCUGUAUACCCUCCUGCUAUGCAAAUGUCCCCUCAGGCACCACCCUAUUCAGAUACACCGCCUGCAUAUUCUGAGAUAUACCAGCCCAGAUAUGUGCUUCCACCUCAGGUGCCUGGUCAGAUGCCUCAGAUGUCCUCUCCCUACCCUGGUGCUCAGGUGUUUAUGCCCAUGCAGCAUCACAUGGCUGUUGGACCAGUGGGACAAAAUGUCCCCAUGGCCUACUAUCCCAUGGGGGCCAUGUAUCCGCCUGGCUCAACAGUAAUGGUGGACAGCGGCUUCGACGCCGGCGCUCGUUUCACAGGAGGCAGCAGCGUUUCCAUCCCAUUUCUAGCCCCCUCCGCCUGGGCACCCCCCCAACGCGGCUCAACUGGCUGCCAUGCAGGGUGCCAACGUUGUAAUGCCGCAGCGCAAGAGUAACUUCUUCUUGGGUGGAUCUGGCGGAGGGUUUACCAUCUGGUAACAGCGACUUCACCACUCCUCCACCACGCCUAAACCAUGACCCCACCCCCAACCGAUGCCCCAGUUCCUUCCACAUCCCAUAUGCCUCCUUUUCCAGGCUGCUUGGCCACGCCACAAUACUGAUAUCACCUAAUAGAAUGUAAUAUUUUAGUGCCCUCGUGAAAGGUACAGUAUUUCACUUGUGACGUAGAGAUGCGAUGAUAAAUGUGAUUAGAACGGUUGAAAGGAACAACUGAUUUUAAUGUUGUAGCUCAGUGGUUCUCAAGCUCGUUUUACACCGUGUACCGCCCACAGAAUAUUUGGCUCUCCAAGUACCACCAGUGUGGCCAACAUAAGUACAGCAGCUGUUCAGCUGUCCCCAGAAUAUAAAAGAGAAAACUAAUUCCAAAUUAAGUUAUUAGACUAUUUACCCCUCCCUCCAGCCCCUGAUUCCUCCCUUUUUUCAAUUUGGAGCAAUGACUGCAGUGUUUUCUAGCCCUUUUUUUCUACGACCACUAUCUUGCCAAAGCAGUCAGAAAAAAUAAUCUCCCUGUGUACCACUAGAGGGAUCCAUUGUACCACAGGUAGUAGGAGUACCCCAGUUUGAGAAUCACUGUGGCAAAAGUUAUGACUACAUUUUGGUCAAUCCAGUAUUUAAAUGUAGAAAUAUUAGCCCCUCGUUGUUUAGUUUUUUUUUGGGCAGUGUUGUGUGACAAUAAAACAUGACAAACCUACGGGUGAAUGCUCAAUAGUUCUAUUUCUACAUUUGUUCUUAAUCAUUUAAUAGUAGUUAAAAUGCGUAGCUGUGUGGUAGUUUUGUGUCAAUACCGCUAUUAUUACGACUAGGUAAAUCAACUGCAUCUCAGAGGCUUUUUAGUUCUAAAUGUGUUGUGUUUUGCACGGUAAGUCUGUUCCACAGUGAAAUGCUUAUGUAAAACUUUGAUGCAUUUAAAUCACAUGUGAAUUAAUGAAAUUGAAGGCGAGGCAAAAAAAAAAAACUAUUUCCAGAGAAAAGAUUUCCAAGCACUAUCCAAAGUGAACUACUGUACCUUGUCGGGCAACUCGUAGAUGAAAAUAGUCAAGUGCCAAAGAGCACUGGGGAUAGCCCUGAUUUAAAGCAACUUAACUUCAGUAAGCUUAAAGGAAAGAAAUCUAACGUCAAUCCAAAAAAGUAUGAUGAAUGGGAGGGGGUGGUUGGUGUAACGUGAGCUUUUAGUUUCUGUUUCUGUUUCACCGUCGGAUACCCAGAGUUUAAACACAAACUGUUUCAUGAACUACUGUUUUCUACGUCACACAAUUUGACUUUUGUUUUUACACGAGGACGUUGCGUUUGUGGUUGUGUUAGUUUUCUACAGAUUUUCCCAGGUUGAGGAGACUUCCUUUUUUUUCCACAUUCAAGUGGUUUACAUCAGUUAUGAUGAUCUCUGAGAGUUAAGCAGUAUCGGAAGUCAUUAGCGGGUUGUACCUAAGAAUUGGUCAACGAUGCACUCACUGUUUGUUGUUGCUGUGACUCCAUUUUCUAAAGGUCACAAUUUCAGAGCAAACAUAUCAUCAAACCAGGCAUUUUGAGAUUGUCAGUAUCAUUAACUGUCUGGUGCGACUGCAGUUGUUAGUCAGUGUAUUAAUGUGGAUCAGUGACAUCUUUGAAUACUCACACAUUAGAUUAAAUACUUUUUUUUUUAGGGCUGUCAAACGAUUAAAUUUUAAAUCUGACUAUUCUGAGUUGCUUCUGGGUAAAUCCUGAUUAAUCACGAUUAAAUGGGAUUAUUCGCGAUUAGUCGUGAUUAAUCAUAAUAAAUCAACAUUCCUUAAAAAAGACCAAAAAGAUUUUUUUCUGUAUGUUGCUAGAACAGAAAGGUAAAGAUGUCUCACAGCUCAAGAUUUAGCUUCACGUAGAUCGAUAAAUCAGUUUGCGUCAGUGUCAGUCAGGUCAUCACUCCUAGACUCCCUGACUGUCCUCUGCUCUGCCCUGAAGUUGAAGCCUCCUAGUCUAGGUGGUAUUUAAAUCUUGAGAUGCUUUGAUGAAACUAUUUCCCCACAGUGUGUGUAAAUAACAACCUGUGUAUAGUGACUUUGACAGCCCUACUUUUGUUGUGUCUGAGAUGCACUGACCAGUAAAUCUGAGAAGUUACACAUCGGAGGCUUGUCUUUAUUUUUUAGGAUUUAGAUUUUUUUUUAUUAAUAUUUUAAAAAACUUAAAUGAUUCAAUAUUAAACAUUAAUGACAAGAUGUAACGUGUUGUACGUAGAUGAAAAGAGUAUGCACAUUUGUAAAAACACAAAGCAAAUUUCUGCCAGAUUUAAUUAAUUUUCCAACACAUCUUUGAGCUGCUAAGUCACUUUUUUUUUUUUACAUUGCAUUACAUUCAAACGUGGAGCUAACUGUAUGAUGUGUGUAGAUGUUGCCUGUGGUGUCUUGUGGUGUCGAUGUGUCGCUGGGUAUCCGACCUGCAGUUUCAGCUCUAACAGCUGUGGCCUCGUGUCAAAACGAACGCUCCCGCGCUGCUUCCCGUCUUUAUUGAUUUCAGUGUUAUUGGAGUGAGCGAGAGCGGCUCUCUGCUCGGCUCACCUGCUGACCCUCAGAUGAUGAAGCUCACCUGUGAACAACACUGCUCCAUUGAUGGGUCACUCAGUGUGGAUCUAGUCUUACAUUUUGCUUUUGUUUACGCAGCUUCCGAGGCUACAGCUGUCAGAACUUCAUACAAAUGUUUUCUUGGUUUUUUUUUUUUUUCCAUCUCAGCUCUGACUGUUGUUAAAGCAGCAUAACCGUGUCUUUGUCCCAGCAAUAUAAAGUACUGUAAACUACAGUGCACCGGUCGAUGCUAUGCCAACCACAGCCAGCUAUUGGAUCACUCUUUGUUGAAGGGUUUAUGGACAUUUAUAGUUCAGGGAUUCUUGACAAUAUUUUGUAAAAUAGAUGUCUGUACUAAAGUGAUGUGACGGACUUUGGUACACAUUCUAUCUUUUAAGAUUACUAAAGGAGAUGAGUGUCACUGCAGUUUUCGGUGAGACGUGUUGAAGAUGGAAUACUUUGGGAAAAAAAAAAAGAACUUAGGUGCACUUAACUUUUUUAUACUAAACUUAAAAUUUAAAAUGUAAGUUUAGAAUAAAGGUUAUUUUGGAAAUUUGAA